GGAGAGAAAGCAGAAGAGGUGUGUGUGUGUGUUUGUGUGUAUGCAUGCAUGUGUGUGUAUGCGUGUGUGUGUGUGAGAGUGUGUGUGCAACUGUGCAGCGAGAGUAAAAGCACUCUGACUACUUCUUCUCUUUUUGUGGAGUGAGUGUUGGUGGCUCAGUGUGUGUCUAUGUGUGUGUGUGAGAAGAGAGAGAAGCGGAAUACAUGUGUGUCUGUUGUUGAAGGAGACACUGCUGGGUGUGAUGGCUCUUUUGCAUUAGUACUUGUGCGGACAGGAGAGUUGGAGGCAGUUGUUUUGUGGGACUCGCAGGGAAUGGCAAACUCCACAGUAUCCUUGGAAACAUUCGACUGAAUGACAAUGGCUGAGGCUAUUUGCUGCACUUUGGUAAACUGUAACUGUGACAGCUUCAAGCCGGGGAAGCUGAAGAGGAGGCAGUGUGAAAACUGCAAGCAUGGCUGGGUAGCACACGCCUUGAGCAAGCUGAAGGUGCACCAUAUGUACCAGAGCAGCCAGGUGGAGAUUGUACACUCCAAUGUGGUGUUCGAUAUCUGCAGCCUGAUGUUGUAUGGCACCCAAGCCAUCCCGAUCCGCCUCAAGAUCCUCUUGGAUCGCCUUUUCUCUGUCCUCAAGCAGGAGGAGGUCAUCCAGAUCCUCAAUGCACUUGACUGGACACUGCAGGACUACAUCCGAGGAUAUGUGCUCCAGGAUGUUGCAGGCAAGGUGCUGGACCGUUGGGCCAUCAUGACAUUCGAGGAGGAAAUUGCAACACUGCAACAGUUCCUGCGUUUUGGUGAGACCAAAUCAAUAGUAGAGCUGAUGGCUCUACAAGACAAAGAAGGCCAGGCAGUGUUGGUUCCCAGCACCCGCACCAACUCAGAUAUCCGAACUUUCAUUGAGCGCAACACCCCUCGAACUGCUGACAACCUGUCUACAUCAAAAGUGGAGAAGCUAAGUGGCAACAGCAUGCACCACUUUGAGAACUUCAUCAACAGCAUGGCUUUCAUGCUGCCAUUUCAGCUGCUAGGUUCUGUUCCUGCGCCAUAUCUGGGCUCACCGACAGGGGCUCUGCAACAGCAACACCAGCAACAUCACCAGCACCAGCAGCCAUGCCGUGGGUCAGUGGAGCAGCAGAGUCAUAGAUGUGAUGAUCAAGGGCGGGACAGUUUAGGGAGAGACAAUCCUCUCCCUCUUUCACACCCUUUAGAGAGUACCCUGCUAGGUUCCAGCUCUGUGUCAUUCACUGCUGAUCUAGACCGAAGUGGAGAAAAGCCAAUGGACACCCUCUCCAUUAAUACAAAGAUCGAAGCUGAGGACUUCUCCACUAGUGAUAACUACUCAGAUGGACCCUCCACACCAUGCACACCCUCAGUGAGCUCUGAUGUAACACAGAUGUCACCUGAGGGCAAGCUUCGCUCUCUUGACAGGAAUGGUAGUGGCAAUGGAGGGGUCUCAGGAGGUGGUGCAGGAGGAGGCUCUCUGAAGAAGGGCCGUGUAUUUUGCAAUGCUUGUGAGAAAACCUUCUAUGACAAAGGCACUCUGAAAAUCCACUACAAUGCAGUGCACCUGAAGAUUAAGCACAAGUGUACCAUCGAGGGCUGCAACAUGGUCUUCAGCUCACUGCGCAGUCGUAAUCGCCAUAGCGCCAACCCGAACCCACGACUACAUAUGCCCAUGAACCGAAACAACCGGGACAAAGAUCUGCGGGGGAGCUUGUCUGCUGAUGAGAGUUCGCAAGGAGAGAAAAGGUCUGACUACAGCACUCCCAUCUCCAUCUGCUCCGCAGAAAGCCAUAAAUCUGUGCCCAGCUACAUGGUGAGCCAAGUGGACACUGGAUCAAAACUCCACACCACCUCAUUCCCCAGCAUGGGCCAGAGUGGUAUCCUCUUUCCCAAUUUAAAAACAGUACAACCAGUACUGCCUUUCUACCGAAGCCUGGUAUCGCCAGCAGAGCUUGCCAACACCCCAGGGACAUUACCCUCCCUUCCUCUGUUGUCCUCUUCUGUACCUGUCAAACCCAUCUCAGCCCCUGAGCCCUGCAUGACAGACCCUAUACCAAAGAAAAAGUCUCGCAAAUCAAGUAUGCCAAUAAAGAUAGAGAAGGAGAUGGUAGAGCAAGAUGAGCAGAUGGAUAAGGAAAAUGGCUCUGAAGACGAUGCUCCGUUCCAUGGCAGGGAUGAGUGUGACAGUAGCCAAGCAGAAAGGCAUAUGUACAUCAGGCAAGCUGGGGAGGAGAAAGAGUCAAGAGAGACUUGCACUGGCAAAGAGAAAGAAAGGGAUGGUACAAAGCAUCGGUUGGACCAAACCUUAGACAGAGAAAUGACAGAGAGGGAGGACAAAGAUGACGGGUCAAGACAAACUGAAACAGGUGUCAUCACCUGUGCAUCAUCUCACUUCGACAACAGGCUGAUGGAGAACCACUGUGACAACAAGCUAUUCUGUCAGGAACCCAAUGCAGAAAGGGAGGAGAGGGAGCAUGCACACUUACUGCAUGCAGCUGACAAGAUUCCAGAACUCAAAUGGGAUGACGGUGAGCGCAGGCUGACUAAUGGGGGUGUUAUCCAACUAGAGAAGGACGGAUCUGAUGGAUGUGCAGAUGACUAUGCGGACUCAGGGUUGUCUCACCUUGACCCCAAUGCUGACCUGCCACACCACUGUGAGAUCUGCAGUAAGACCUUUAAAAAUCCUUACAGUGUCAAGAUGCACUACCAAAAUGUCCAUUUGAAAGAGAUGUACAUGUGCACAGUGGAUGGCUGCAACGCUGCCUUCCCCUCACGCAGGAGCCGAGACAGACACAGUGCAAAUUUGAAUCUGCACCACAAGCUGCUGACCAAAGAUUCAUUCAGCCCAGCUAACCACGUCUACUCGCCCCAUUGUAGAGACAGAGACUCUGUUGGCAUGGACUACUGCCAAGACCAGCGAGACAGAGAUCUUCCUCAUCGAGACCAAACCAGCCAGACCUCUGUCAUCUUUCGAGGACGCAACCGUAUGGGCCUGGUCUUCCCUAUGAGCAAAAUGUCUACUACACCAGACAGUCCCAAUGCAUCUCCCUUAAGAGAGAUGGAGGGAUUAGGAGGAGGAGAUGGCUGCAGAGGUGGGGAGGAUGGGGCAGUCCUGGACCUGAGCACCUCCUCCUCCGCCCCAGCUCGCGGUAACGGCAGCGCUCAAUCUUCCUGGGACUCAGAUGGAGCUGGCAGUGAGGAAGGGGACGGGGCUGGAGAGGAUGGGGAAGUGCUCCCCAUGGAGGACAGUGAUGAAAGCUGUGACGGGAUUGGCCUGGGGAGGGCUGGAGGUGAGGAGUUGGCACUUGGAGGAGAGCGGACCCUUGGCAGUGGUGGGGGAGGACAAGGUGGGCUUCAAGGAGGUGGGGGUGGCUCUCCAAUAACAUGCCAUGUCUGCCAAAAGGUUUACAGCAACAAGGGCACAUUCAGAGCCCAUUACAAGACUGUCCAUCUGCGACUGCUUCACAAGUGUAAAGUCCCUGGCUGUGAUACAUCCUUUUCCUCUGUACGAAGCAGAAACAGACACAGCCAGAACCCAAAUCUCCACAGGAACCUAGCUGUUAGCUCAGGUGCCAUCAUGGACCAGGAGUAGGAUUUUGAUCUCAAAUGCCAAUGUGACUGAUUUAUUUUAUUGUAAUCAUCUUUUGAUUGUUGUUUUUCUUUUUGGGGUACCUAAAGAAGGCUCACCAAUUAGCGCUUUUAAAAUUCCAUACCAUGGUCCAAUCUGUUGUUAUAUUUCAGAAAAAAAGAGACAAAAAAAAAAAAAAAAAGCACAGUCAGGAAUUCAUUUGUUGUGUCAAAUGCAACUUGCUUUUGGAAAAAGUGCUGGGGUUUUUUUUGCAAUGCAAAAUUGAGGAGCCAUUACAUGUGUCUGUCAGUGUUUACAAAUUAAUAACAUAAGUAACACCAAAACAUACCGAUCAGUCAAAUAUAAUAAUAAAAAUAGUUUCAGCAGUCAGAGUCUUUUGUAUGCAGUACUGAUUUUUUGUAUCGGUUUGCCUUUCUAGCCCAAUUUAAACCAGAAAAUGUUCAUUUAUAUAGACAGAUUUUUCCUAUGUGUUGUCUAAGUGAGAGUUAAAUCAUUCAACUGUAUCAUGCAAGAUGUUUUUUUUUUCCUAGUGUUUUUGUUGUCAGAUGUUCAUAUCUUCCCUGUGAAGCUGUUCAUAAUGUAUUGAUCAAGAGCAGUAGUGAAGUAACUUACAUGUGUCAUUUCAUUCAUUUGAACAAUGGUCUCCAAAAAGAGUCCCUGUAGAAAAAAAACUAUAAUGUUGUAAGCUUGACCAAUAAGUUAUUGUAUGGUGUUAUAUAAUCUGUUUUACUGUUCUAUUUGUUGCAUACUGCUAAUGUUGACCAAAGAUUAUUCUCAGUUCACAGGCGUGUAUAGAAAUCUCUUCAUAUUGUGUGAGGGGUAUGCAGUAUUAAGGGACUUGCCAACAGCAGUAUUCAUGCAUGGGCGUUGUCCUAACAUGACAAAAAUUUUAAAUAUAUAAAUUUAAAAAAUGUUGACUGAAGGGGUGAAAAAUGUUUUGAUUGUGGUGAUGUUUUUGUAAAGAAAUUUGUUGAUGAGACUAGACUUGAUUAAGGCAUUACUCUUGUAUUGUUUAUGUGGUUUCUUGUAGUAACCUGACUGACUGGACAAACAGCAGAAAGAUGCUGUGUCUGGAGGCUAGAAGCAUGUGCUGUGAAUGAGUCAAACACUGAAAAAAUAAUCAUGAAACAAAGCAGUUUAUAAUAGGGGCCCUAAAUGUGAGCACACCCUAAAAAAAUAAAAAAACAGGUGAACAAAAUGUUUAUCGGACUGUAUAUUUUGUGAAUAGAGUAAUUUGUUAUCUGAAAGAAACCAAAAAAUAUACUGUAUCAAAAAAGAUAAUUUCAUCACUAACAUUACAUUUUUAAUGAAUGGCUAAGAACACUGUGUUGUACAUUUCUGAUUAUUUCACCAUGGUUUACUGUUCUGGUUUUACUCCUGUAUUCUGCAUAUUUUUUCAUUCUGUAUUUAAAUGGAGUGGGAUUUAAAAGCCCAUUUGUUUGUUGUUUGAAUUUUUAUUUUUUUUUAAAUGAGCAACAACCAACACUUAUUCAUAGGUGUUCAUGUUUCUUUUGAAUUAAUGUUACAAUAUUCAUUCCAAUUAAAUAAAAAGCCAUAUGUUUGCAAAAA